CCUGUAAAUAUUCACAUCGCGUUGCUUGCAAAGUCCCAUACAAGAGCUAGCUUGGGAAUCUCCACAAAUACACAAAACGCGGUUCAAGAGCAAGAGGACACCAAUUAGGGGCUACAUGUGCCCAAACACCAGCACGACUGUCUCUACAAUUCGCAACGUUCAAAGCCACACACUGUGCGCGAUACGAAUACGAGAGGCACAACUACACACCCAGCCUCAACUCUCUCGCCAACUUCCUCCUCACACUCACCCAGCACAUGCACAAUGCCGUCUUUCUUCAAGAAACUUAUCUACGGCAAAAAACUCUCGAACCCCUACGUGAACCCCUACCACCCCGGCCACACAUCUAUAGGCAGCCCGAACUCUUCUUCAACAUCGCCCUACCCAACAUACCCACAGCCACCAGAAGAUUUCUCAGAUCACAGUAUGCAUCCUACAAGUUUAACAUUGUCCACACGUCUCCAGCCGCGCUCAGCAAUCCCCCUCGGCUCGCGAGACUACCUAGGCGAAGCGCGUCUACUCGCAGGCCGAGAUCCAGUAACGGGCCGCCCUGUGCCGCCGCAGCAGUUCGACUCCUACGCUGCAAGAAGCGGGCAGAGCAUUAGUCCUACAGGUCAUGGAAAUCCGCAGCCGCCAAAUGCGCAGCUCGUAGGGAUCCCUGAUGGUCGCCAGCAGCCACUGCAGAGCUACCAAGCCGCGAGCGGUGCAAGCUUCAACCCCUACCCAGAAGCCGGGGACCCGACGCAGUGGGAGCCGAAGAGUUGGCACCCGGGGGAGGUGAAUGGGAACCCGUAUGUCACGGGAGGAGAUGCAGCGAUGGGUCGCCCCAUUCCUCAAACCGAAACCGGCAGGGUGAAUCACGCGGGUACAUUCGUGAAGAAGGCGGGGAGGAAAACAAACCUGGAGGGUCGCGUGUACGCUACUGAUAAGCAGAGGGUGGGGACGCGGUAUGAUAUCGUUGUUAGAGAGGAAAGGAGGAAGAAGGAGAAUGAACAAGCGGCAGCGGCGGCGGCUGCGAGGGCGGCGAGUGGAUAUUUCGCACCCCACAGGACCGGCUGUGAAGGAGUUCAUAGUGGAGCGUAAGAUACGGAGAGGCGGGCGAGGAAGAUCCCCACCUUUGGCGGCAAGACGACAAAGCGGUCAGUAUCGAGCGCGGUGCGUGAUACCCCUUGCUAUUAAUAUUUGCUUUCAUCGAGAACUCAGGACAAGGGUUGCAAUUGACCAUCAUGAGCAAGGCAAAAGAAGUCCUGGGAAGCGGGAAUUAUGAGCGGAGCGAAAGUUCUUAAACACCAGUUUUAUUCUUUCGUGUAGCGAAUGGUUUAUAUACACCGUUCUUCAUUCCACCUCUUUCGUGCCAAAAGUGCGAGUCU